AGGGGGCGGCGGGGAGGCACCGCCGGGUGUCCGCUCGGGCUGCGCCGCCGCCGGUGCCUGCCUGCCCCCCCGCCCCCSGGCCCGGCCCGCAGCACCCCCCGAACUGCCCCAAGCACCCCGGAGCGUCACCUGCAGGGUCCCUGGCACCUGCCCCGAGCCCCCCUCGGAUCCAUCGGGGCACCCCGAGAACCCCCCGGCUCAUCCCCGAGCACCCCUGGCAUCGGUGCGGGCACCCCGAGCGUUCCCAGCUCAUCCUGGGUUCGCCCCGAGCAUCGCCCGGCUCGCCCCGAGCAUCCCCGGGCUCGCCUGGAGCAUCUCUCUCGGCUCCCCUGAGCAUCCAGCGGCUCUCCCCGGGCACUGCCCGGCUCUCCCCGAGCAUCCCCGGCUCGUCCCAGCCCGCCCCCCCUGCUCCAGGGAAGAUGCUCAACGUUAUGGAUUUCUCCUGCCCGGAUCCGCUUUACUCCAAGUACGAGGAGAGCUGCGAGAUGAAAAACGGAGACCUGCAGGGCUUGGGGCAGCCUGAGCAGCAACUUCUGGCCGAGGCCGAUUUCCUCGGAGGUGAGCUGCUGGGCGCCCCCGGGAGCAGCGGGGCCGUGGAUUAUUCCCUGCUGGGCAGCCAGCCCUCCCCCUCCCUCAGCUACACCGGCAGCUUCUUCAUCAAGGCGGUCCCGGAGCAUCCCCAGGACCAGGAAUCCCUCUUCAACCUGAUGUCGGGGAUCCUGGGCAUCUCCCCCUUCGCCUCCUCCGAGGGCCACCAGAGGCACCUGGAUGCUCUUUACCCCUGUCCCGAGGUGGCUCCGAGCCAGCUGGACCUUUUCUCGUCGUGCCAGCCCGAGCUGAGCGGAUCCAGCCCGGCGCCUCCGUUCCCGGAGCAGAGCUACGGCUCCUUCCCCGCGGCCGAGGGGGCUCAGCCCCUGCAGGCACAGCCCGCCCUGAGCGGCGCCUCGCAGUGCUUCUUCCAGCCCAAGCUCCUGGACAGCAAGCAGGACAUCAAGCUGUCCCCGGGCUCCGCAGCCCUGGACAAGUUCAAAGGCUCCUGUGCGCAGUGGGAGCCGCUGUCCCAGCAGCACCAGGCCUACCUGCCCGCCKCCUUCCACUCUCCCGAGGGUUUCGCGGCCGCCGAGAGCGGCCAGGGGCUGUUCCACCCGCUGGGCUCCAAGAUGGAGAGCGUCCUGUCCGUCAGCUGCCAGUCGGAGCUCGGCAGCCUGGCGGAGGAUGCCGCCUGCUUCGGAACCCAUCUGGGCUUCGGCUGCGAGCCAGAAAACUUCCCAGCCCGCGGGGACUUCGCCGACACCAAGAUCCACAACGUCCCCGCGCCGUUAAUGCCGGACUUCGACGCCUCCUUGGCCCAGGCCGAGGUGCUGCCGGCUCUGAUGAGCUCCUCCGAGCUGCUCCAUCCUCACCCCUCUCCUUCCGUGCCCCCCUCGGAUUUCCUGGGCCACCCCACGUCCUCAUCGCUGCCMUCGCUGCUGCCCGCCACCCCUCCGGCGCUGGCCGAGCCCAAGAAGAAGACACGGCGGAGCAAAUGCUCGUCCAAAUGCUUCUGCCCCAAGCCGCACGAGAAGGCGUUCGCCUGCCCGGUGGAGAACUGCAUCCGCAGCUUCGCGCGUUCCGACGAGCUCAACCGGCACCUGCGCAUCCACACGGGCCACAAACCCUUCCAGUGCCGCAUCUGCCUGCGCAACUUCAGCCGCAGCGACCACCUCACCACGCACAUCCGCACCCACACGGGCGAGAAACCCUUCUCCUGCGACACGUGCGGCCGCCGCUUCGCCCGCAGCGACGAGAAGAAGCGCCACAGCAAGGUGCACCUCAAGCAGAAAGCGCGCACCGAGGAGAAGCUCAAAGGCCUGGGUUUCUUCUCGGUGGGGCUCUCCUUCGGGACACUCUGAGCUCCCAGCCGAGCGCUGGCAGGCGGCGUUYCGAGGUGCCCCGAGAGUCUCAUGGAGAGCCGGGGUGGCGAUUCCCUCCCGGUGGCCCCGGAGGAGAGGAGAGAGGGGCCGGAGGGGCCGGAGAGCCCGCGGGAGGGAGGCGAGGCGGUGCCGCGGGGCCGGAGCGCUCCCGGUCCCGAUGGAUGCGACAGCCCGGAGCCCGCUCCGAACCGCCGGGACUGAGCCUUUCUGCAGCUCCCGUGCCGAGGAGGGCAUGGAAAAUCCGUGUACAGACACCAAGCACCGCCSAGGUGGGUUUUUGGACACUCUGCUGUGGUUUCCCAAGCCGGGUCUUUGCRGGAUGUUCCUGACUGUCGGGGCUGCGGCUGCUCCGGUGCUUUCUCCCCACGGAGACAAACACCACGGUGCUAACAGGCCCGGGGGAAAGGUGAUUUCAAAUCUGCUACUACUGCCAUUAUUACUAUUAUUAUUAUUAUUAUUAUUAUUAUUAUUAUUAUUAUUAUUAUUAUUAUUUCGAUGAUUAUUAUUAUUAUUCUAUUUGUAAAAAGAAAAAGUCUCUAUCAGGAAUAUUUGAAAUUUGUGUCUAUUUUUCUAAUUAAAGA